AUGACAGCCCAAAUACCAAUGCAAGUGGCAAAACAGUGCAAUGACAACCCAAAUACUAAGAAGAUGAAGAAGUUCAUGCUCAGAUAUGGAAAAAGGAGGAAAAAGUUGACUACAAAUUUUGAGAGCACAAAGUUUUGGAGAUUGGAUGGAAGAGUUGUUCACCUCCACAUACUUCAGCCUUUUUCAAAGUCUUCUUCUUCCUCUCUCUCUCUUUUUCUCCUUCCGACAUCUUUCCCUCUCCUCUUCCUCUUCACCUUCCUCUUCAUUCCCCUUAUAAUUCUUCAACCCAAUCACUCGUUUUCUCCUCUUCUUUUUCCUCACCAAAAAGAAAAAAAAGAAAUCAAGAGUACGAGGAUACUCAUGCUCGUGGAUUGCUCCAACUGCCGCACGGCGCUGCAGCUGCCGCCUGGCGCCACCUCCAUUCGCUGCGCCAUAUGCCACGUCGUCACGCGCGUGGCCGAGCCACGCGCCCUCGAGCACUGCGGCCACAUCAACGGCCCUCACCACCAGUAUCAUCCUGCUCCGCCGCCUGCAGCGCCGUCUCCGUACAACCACGCGCCGGCGGGGGCGCCGCCGCCGGUGCACGGCAGGAAGCGGGCGGUGAUAUGCGGCGUGUCGUAUAAGAACACGAGGCGGGAGCUCAAGGGAUGCAUCAACGACGCCAAAUGCAUGAAGUAUUUGUUGGUCAACAAGUUCAAAUUUCCUGAGUCCUCUGUUCUUGUGCUCACCGAAGAAGAAACUGAUCCGUAUAGACGUCCGACAAAACACAACAUGAGGAUGGCGCUGUAUUGGCUAGUGCAAGGUGUUCAGCCAGGAGACUCCUUGGUAUUCCAUUACUCUGGCCAUGGAUCACAACAGAGGAACUACAACGGGGAUGAGGUCGACGGCUAUGACGAGACCCUUUGUCCCUUGGAUUUUGAGACUCAGGGCAUGAUUGUCGACGACGAGAUCAACGCAACAAUCGUCAGGCCUCUCCCUGCUGGUGUCAAGCUUCACGCGAUCAUAGAUGCUUGCCAUAGUGGAACCGUGUUGGAUUUGCAUUAUCUUUGUAGGAUGGACAGAAAUGGGAGGUAUGUGUGGGAGGAUCAUAGGCCUAGAUCAGGUGUUUGGAAGGGAACCAAUGGUGGGGAAGUCAUUUCCUUCAGUGGCUGUGAUGAUGAUCAGACCUCUGCUGAUAGCUCAGCUCUGUCUAAGAUCACUUCAACUGGUGCCAUGACUUAUUCAUUCAUCCAAGCGAUCGAGCGGGGCCAUGCGACGACGUACGGGAAUAUACUAAAUUCAAUGCGAUCUACAAUCCGAAACACGGAUAAUGAUCUUGGGGGUGGUAUUGUGACGUUUCUUCUCACUAUGCUUUUGUCUGGAGGAAGUCUUUCUGGCGGGUUGAGACAGGAGCCACAAUUGACUGCUAAUGUGCCUUUCGAUGUGUAUGCAAAAACUUUCUCCCUUUAAGUAUUAAAGUGGUCUCUCCAUCAUGCGGGUCAUUACACUACGUUUACAGUUUACCAAAAAAAUCCAUUUUUUAAAUAUCUUUGUUUCUUCAGUUUGCUGUAAUUAAAUAAAUUGUCUUUGUGCUUCACUUUACUUGGUUGAUAAUUUUUCUUCUCAUUACUCUGCUAUAGCCUUGUAUGCAUUCUCUUCACACAUCAAUGUAUAAAAUUUACAAACAAA